GUCGGACUCGUGGAAGCUGAUGCUGUUGGAUGCCACCUUCCGGGCGGUGCAGCAGACGGUAAGGAAACGCCAUCAGAGCCCACCGCGGGCUCGGGCUGUCCUGUGGUGCCCGGCCUACCCGGGAGGAGAGCUCGGUACCGCGUCCCCCGCCCGGGCAGGGGGCGAGCAGGUCGCAGGCUGCUCCUGGUUUUGUCCUCAUUUCGGGCGAAUGUGCUUUGCUCACAGCUGGCACCCAGCCGCACUGCUGGCUUUGUGAUGGAGGUCUUCCUAUUGUGCUGCAAGCUGUUUUCCGACCCGGGGGCUUUAGGUCAAAAGAAUUAAUGGCUAGUACUUCCAUACACUAACUAAUGCCUUAAGGAAAGAAGACAGAGAAUCUAUUUCAAAUGUCAAAAUCAAGCGGCCUGUAUUUGAAACUGUAUUAGUCAACAAAACCCUUUCAGAAUAGCUGUUUUUGCUAUAAGACACAUCUCUCUUUUGUUGCUUUAUGAUCUCUCCCUCACUUUGUCUCACUGUGUGUGCUGGCCUGAAAAAGAGAUCGCGAACUUCUGAUGAUGGCUUCAGCUAUGAGCAUGGUUUUCUGCCAGGCUGGUCUGAUCUUCAACAAGGGCUGAUCAGCUGUGGUCAUGCCUGAUUUAGGGUACUGUCUGUGUCAAAGUAUUUCAGUCUUUUUUCCUAGCAGCAUUUCAGUUCGUUAUGUUGUCCUUAAAACCUUCAACAGCUUGCAUGUUGAGAGCAUCAGCAGAUUCAGAAAGGAUGAAUUCAUGGGCAGAGGGCUCAUGGACAGAUACUGGAAGGACUAGAUGGGAAGGUGUCUUCUCUAUUCCUAACAGUAACUGCGGAAGCGGGACGACAGUGUCCAGGCCUGCAUACUCCCCCUGAAUAGCUUCUCUGGCUGCCACUUUUGCAGUGAGUUAGGACUAGAUGUAGAUCGAACUGUAGAUGUCCCUGUUCCUCGCAGGAGAGUUGGACUAGAUGACCUUUAAAGGUCCCUUUCAACUCAAAUGAUUAUUUGAUUUUCAAUAGACCACUCAACUGAGCCACUGGGAUGUAAAAGAAUAAAGCUUUUUGCUUAUAUAUUCUCCCUUAAAGAAAUGAUACCUCUAGGACAGGGAAAUUAUGUAGACAUAGCCUAUAACAGCACAAGUUUUCCAUUAAAAAGCUGUGGCUUGACAUGCGCUUGCUUUGUGUUGGUAACUAAAAUAACAACACAUACCUUUACAGUGGAGCUGGAAGUUUAAUAACUGGAAGGGCUACAAUGGUCACAGCGUCCUGCCUGCAGAACACAUGGUUACCUUUCUUCCAGGAACACCUGAAUCAAGUCCAUAACCUCUAGCUGAAGGAGAUCUAUCUAUCUUUAGAAACUCGUGUGACUAACUCUCUCUCUAUAUAUAUACUGCUGUUGGCUUAUGUACACAUUCUAUUUGCUUGUGGUUUGCGAGGCAUAACCGGAUGAGUCUCAGUGUCUCUAGGAUGCAGGCUGAAGGCAAUCUCGUCCCUUCUGGGGUAUCCUGGAGGUCUUCCUCCCAGAGGAGCUGGCAGAAUACAGCCUGCCCUGGUGGCAUCCGGAGCAAACUGGCAGCACAGAGGUGCCCACAUCUGUCUCCAUCUCUGUUAGGGGAAAGUGGUAACUUGUUAGACAGUUGUUCCCAUCUGUGGCCUUAGAAAUAUGAUUACAUACAGCAAGGAAAAUAUAUUAAAUAUCAGCCACAGGCAGCUUACAAAGCACAAGAAGGAACGAGUGGCUUUUAGACAGAAGCAUAAAGCAUCACUGAGGCAUUAGCGGUGCCCUGAACCACGGAACAGGUAACCUUUGGGGUUUUCCUUUCAGAGAGAGCAAACUGGGGUGCUAUCUAAGUGUUUAGAAAUCUUUCCAACACUGAGAGAUUGCACAAAGUCGGGAAUAAGUGACUGCCAUUAAGAAUGAACUGUGUGAACUGAAGCUAAGAUUGUAGAAGUUAAGCCUGAGUACUUAACUGUGGCAGACAGCGUUAGUGUGUGUAUAUACAGUCAAGUGUAUGUCCUUCUGUAGAGCUGAGCUUCCCUUUUCUUUGUCUCCCGGAGGUUGCGAGACCAAAUGAUUUAACGAUGCUCUAAAUGUGACCAUUGAACUUUCACCUACUUCUGAAUGUAUUUUCAGCUUGCUAUUUAUUACUUUCCUUUGUAGGUUUGAUAGCAGGCAGAAGUACGUCACUAGGUGAUUUUUACUUUAAUACCUCCAAAGUACACUAAAAUCCCUCUUUCCAAAGCAUGAAACAAACUUUAUGUGCCCAAAAUACAGUUGCUUCCCUAUUCUGAAAUAGAUUUGUGCUGACUCUGACAAUCGAGCGUGACAACUUCUUGUUAGGGAUAAUGUGCUUAUUUUCUCACUCCUUUUAUAAACACUACCAAUAAAACACACUGAAGCUGGCACUGCUUUUCAGCGUACUAAUAAUAAGGUGCUGCAUUUCUGCAUAGAGUUUUGUCCCAGGCAGCUAAUAAAAUUCCUUUACAGGCUUGGGACUGACUCAGUGCCCUGGAUCAGAGCAAAACCCUUUAAGUGUUUAUGUAUUAUCAUGUGGCUAAAAAUGAAUAAUGCUUAUAGGGCAAUUUUCAUAAGUAGGUUUCAAAACAUAUUACAAAAGGGAGCUGGUGCCAUUGGCCUAAUCUUACUUUGGGGGAAAUGCAGAUAGAGUGCCUUAUUUGAGGUCACUGAAAAUACCAGAGCUGGAUGUUCAGAGCCCUAUUCCUGUGCUGAGUGUAGUAUGCUGUGCUGCUUUCAGAAUGAAAUCAGAAUCUUCAGCUUCAUGUUUUUAACAAAUUGGUGCAAAAGUGAUUAACUUAGAGUGAGAAUAAUGUCCUCACCUGUCUCAAAAUGGGAGUUGGCCACAGUUUUAUAGAGAACUGCAAUGUUACACAGAAGUUUUAGGUCAGAAAUGAAAGAUAGUGAACACACACGUGUAUAUAAGACUGUUGGAACUCAGCGUCACUGAAAUUUGGACAGGCACAGAAAACUACUUGGGAUUAUAGGACUAAGCAGUAAAUUAAACCAUUAGAAUUGUUUUACCUCAUAUCGGUAAAGAAGUGCCUAAAGCAACAUCUCAUAAUUCUGCUGUUAACAGCAGGAUUGAUAGAGGCAUCUCUCACUUCUUUUCAUUACCAUUCUCCCUUCUUGGAGUAAAGAGAGCAGCAUAUGUUUAUUCAAUAAGCCCUUUGAACUAAGUUAUUUCUGAAGCACGCUAUCAAGGUACUUGCUAUUCUGAUGCAUAGAAAGGAAGAAAGGAUUUUAUUAAUUGUUUUUUCUGAUUUUUUUUUAACUGGCACAGCUGUUAACAGGUUUGGAAGGGCAAGCACGUUGGCAUCCAGGCUGUCAGGCAGGCAUAUAUGGAAGAAGUUAGGCAGCUGUACAGGGGAAGAAAAGUAUCCUCAUACUUCUCAUCAGUUAAGAAAUGCUUUUAUGCUGCUCUGCCACUUGCUUCCUUUUAGAAUAAAAUCUAGGGCAUAGGACAUCAACAUUCAGGAGUAGAGAUAACAGUAAUUAGUUCCAUCUAACAUUUUAAUAUUUAAUCCACCUACCCAUGUAUGGAGAGAUGUAAAUCGUAGUUGUGGUUAUCCAAGUAAGCUGAUAUUUUUGCAUGUAAGGAUACAGUCUUGCAGAUUGGUUUACAGUAAUCCACUGUGGUCAUAGAUGUAGCAUAUAAGUAGGAACAGAUACACUACAAGUCCUGUUUGCAGUAGAGACCAAAGUUAUUGGCUAUCUGGUCUAAAAGCAGUUCAUCAUGAAUGAAUAGGUGUAAGAAUGAAACUUUACAAUGAAAAAAUAAUAGAGCUUCUCCUAGUUGAUAAACUGUAAAACAGCCUUUUUGGUUUCCUUCCAGUUAUAAAGGAAAUUAGAGCACUUAUCUUUGAGUCCUUGAGGACUCUCUGUAUAACAGUUUUCAAAAGUACAUGUUAGGUACUGUGCAGUAAUGCACCUGUUCUAAGAAAUGGCUCUGUAAAAUGAAAGAAAAUAGAGGUUAACCUUUAGAUGGGAUAAACUUCCUGAUAUGCAGUCAGACCAAUAUGUUCUGCACACAGUAAGAUGGGGAAAUGAGCCUGUUUAUUUUUUUUGCUAGUCUCUCACUGUCUACAAAUACCGUAGCUGGCAUUUUGGACUGUAAUGUUACAGCAGUGUGUUUUGCAAAAUGAUGCCUGAACCGAGCAUAAUGUCAUUCAGGAGCAGCAGCAUCUUCUAAAGGUAGGAAAUUAAGUCUUAAGAGGUUCAGCCGCCCAGUGUCAGCAUCAUUACUGGGUGAGUCACACAUGAGACUUGGCUCAGUCCUGAGCAGUGCCUCAUGUAAAAAGGCAAACAGCUCAAGCUAACUCCCAGUUCCUGAUCUCAGCUAAGGUCAGAGCAGAACCUGGCAUCUCACUGCUGCAAAGGCAGUGAAGGAAGCAGCUGAUGUAUUCAGCUUGGCGCGCUGCCUUUGUGUGCCAUCUGAGUGCAACCCGCUGCAGUAAUUUCAAGGCUAAAGGUCAGAGAUAUGUGAAGUUGGAUAGUUCACAUUGCCCUCAGGACAGUGUCACCUCAAUCCUGAUGUGCUGAGUGUUGUUUGAGAUUAUUAGAAAUGUAGAAAUUAGCAACAGAAAUACACCUGUUCUGUUUUUUUUUUUUUUGGUUGGUUGGUUUGGUUUUUGUUUUUUUGUAAUAGAGAGUAGGUGACUGAUGCAGAGUACAAGUCUGUGAAAGAGGGGUUAAGCAUAAUCACAGUGAUGGCUUGGGAUUCUUCGUAAAGGGAUCAUAAAGAAUGCCAAGCGACCCUGAGGAGCCACCAGAAGAAUCCCACCAAUUUAGGGACAGAUACUGGUGAUUAAAGUUUUCUUCUGCGUGAAGGUAAAACGUCUCUCAGUAUCUGAUACCUCUCAUCAAAGAAUUUGCCAGGAGGAAGACAGUGGCGUAGUCCUGGCUAGGAAGAUAUCCUGGUAAAAGAGAAGAUGGUGGCUGUGGAAGUUACUCUGUCUGAUUUGUUGAAGAGCUGAUGUGCAUAACAGUGAGCGUAAAUCACAUCACUACCAAAGCAGCCAUAGAUGAGAGUGCCAACAACCCCAAAAUGAAAAGCUGCAAUCAGAACUGGGUGAUAGAUUGCCAUGUCACUUGAUUCACUACCUGAGACUCAGCCAUCACUUGAUAGUUCUGAAUUAUUUGAUUUGUACAUUUGACAAGCUGAAGUCUGUCUCUUCUGAACCCAUUAACAUAACGGAUGUUGUUUUCGAUGGUGUGGAAGUCAGAGUGUUUGAACCUCCUGCAAAGCAAGAUGAACCACUGAAGCGCAGUGUUGUUUACAUCCAUGGAGGCGGCUGGGCCUUGGCAAGUGCAAGAACGAGCCUUUAUAACAACCUCUGCAGAAUCAUGGCUGAGUCUCUCAAUGCUGUGGUUGUCUCAAUUGAAUACAGGCUGGUACCAGAGGUGUGCUUCCCUGAGCAAUUCCACGAUGCUCUUCGUGCUACAAAGCAUUUCUUGCAGCCUGAUGUCUUAGCUGAGUAUUCAGUUGACCCAAAUCGAAUUGCAAUUUCUGGCGAUAGUGCAGGAGGAAAUUUGGCUGCUGCUGUGUGUCAGCAGCUUAGCAAAGAUGAGCUUUUGAUCGUCAGACCAAAACUGCAGGCAUUAAUUUACCCAGUCCUUCAGGCAUUUGACUUCAAUACACCUUCCUAUCAGCAGAACAUGAAUAUGCCUGUUCUUCCUCGUUAUGUCAUGAUUAACUACUGGAUAGACUAUUUCAAUGGUAAUUAUGACUUGGCUCACUCACUGCUGAUUAACAACCACACUGCUCUUGAUGUACAUCAAGCUCUGACUUUCAGAGGACGUCUGAACUGGACAUCUCUACUGCCCUCAUCGUUCAAAAAGAACUACAAGCCUGUAGUACAAACCACAGGCAAUGCUGAAAUAAUCCAGGAGAUACCAGCACUGCUUGAUGUGCGAGCAGUCCCGCUGCUUGCAGAAAAUGAGACUUUGCAGCUGCAGCCAAAGACUUAUAUCCUGACUUGUGAGAACGACGUCCUGAGAGAUGAUGGGGUGAUGUAUGCCAAGAGGCUGGAGAAUGCUGGUGUGGAAGUCACACUUGAUCACUUCGAUGACUGCUUUCAUGGCUGUAUGAUAUUCACAAUUUGGCCUACUGAUUUCUCUGCAGGAGUUCAGACCAGAAACAGCUAUAUAAAGUGGCUGGAUGAAAACCUCUGAGGAGAGAGCUUCUCUAGAAGACACCGUGCUCAGCUCUGUGUCUGUUCUUGUUAAAGAGCAAUCAAUGAAAAAGUGCACUUUUCCAAAUUAUGAUUUCAUCCAUUCAGCUGCAACUGGGGGGUGGCUGCAGACCACAGACCACUGACUGUAGCAUUUACCUGCUCAAUUGGCCUUGCCCAGCAAAAUACUUUCUGACAUAUUUUUCAGACUUCGGUUCUUUUUUUCCUUUCAGAUGACUUCUCAGCCACAAACAAACGUUAAGCAUGGAGAUCAGUGUUCCUGUCACAUUCUUAACUGGCUAAAACUUUCGAGCUUUUUCUCUUAAUUAGGCAUAAAGGCCACAACUUUAGAAAGGGGCCAGGUAAAGCCAAGCACCUACAUCUACGUCUGAAUGCGUAUAAAAAGGGAGAGCUAAAUUUCAGCAGUGUUGAGCACUUGUUGAUAGAGAAGAAAAGCCUGAGCCCUCUCACUUUUGACAGCAGAAACACACAUUUGUAUAUCAGGAAUGGAUUUAGGUGUUGGCUUUUAGGCACACAGAGAAAUGGUUCUUAAAUUAAAAAUAAUAAAAAUUGCUUUUCUGGGCAGUAAAGAUUAUGCUUAGCAAGUCUCGUGGCCAGACACAUAAUUCAGCUUUGGAAUUCAAUCUUCACGGACUUUUAGUGGCUUAUAUUUUAUAAAAGCACAGAACAGAAUAUAUUUUCAGUAUUUUAAAUUAAAAAACGUUAUAGCAUAUAUAGAAAUACGAAGAAUAAAACGCAUAGCUGCAGAAUCUAGGUUGAUUAUGUGAGUUUCAAAGCUGACUACUUGGCUGGGAGUAUGACACUGACAGUUUUUAAAGCCUCAGUUUUGUGACCUCCUUACAGAAAAUACUGAGCGUGCUAAAAGUAAUCUGCUGUGUGGUUUGCACUAAUGUUUGUAAUUAAUAGUACAAGUCUUUGUUCGUUGACUUUCUUUUGUGCUAGUAGCGUUUAUUGUGUUUCAUGCUUCCUGGAAGGAGGGAAACAGCAAGCAGAAGUGGGCUCUAAUCUGUACUGGAGACUUCCAUUGGAACUUUGCUGCUAUACCUCCCCUGUUAGAGUGUUAGAGUGAACCUGAAGUGCUAGCUAAGAUGAUCUAGCCAUUGUGUAGCACAUCUCUGCGGUUUGAACCACUCUUUAAUAUUCAGAGAUGCAGAAUAGCAAAGUGAAACCACUUACAACUGUGUCUGUCUUCCAGGAUGUUUACUGCUUGCAGAAAUGAAGGCUGUAUAAAAACAUUGUGCCUGGCAUAUCUAGGCAAAGACAAUGGCUGUCCCGUGACUAAACUAGGGGAUUAAAUCCAUUGUCAGCUUUACUGCUGACUUCCUGUAGGAACCCAGGAGAACAACAUAAUCUCCUUGUGCCUCACUUUCUUCCCCUGUGAAACAGGGAGUAGUCAUUUCCUACCUCACAAUGGAGUUGUGAAGCCGAAUUCACAGACAUUAGUGAAGCACAGGGAUGCAUCACCGAAUAGCAGGCACUGAACAGACCCCUCAGCUUUUAACUGUCCAUCACUCUUUAACAGCUGUCUCAGAGCACUCUGCCCCAUUGCAGGCAGCGCUGCUGGAUUGCCUGUCCUCCUAAGAAGGGAGCCGACUUCUAUCCUGCCUUGUGUGAAAGACCAGGAAGCUGAGGGCUCUUGCCUGUUGGGGGAUCAGAACAAAAGCAGUGUCCUGAGAUUAUUUCUGAAAAUAAGAAACAACAGCAACAACAACAAAGCCUGGUAAUAAAGCCACCUUCUCUGAUUAAAAAUAUAUACAGAACAGUCUACUUUCACUGAUGCAUAACUUAAAUAGGAGAAUGGCUUUACUCAAUCACCGCGUCCUAAAAACACCAGGUUGUUAACGUUGCUGUAUGUAUUAAGCUGCUAAUGAGACAAAGCCUCAAUGUAGACUCAGUCAUGCAGGCUGAACUAAUUUCUGAGCAUAGGUUCAUGUGGAGGUCACAAGCCAAAGCUGUUUCAACAGUGGCCCAGGUUCUUUGUCAAAUUAGAUCGUUACAAGACUCGGUGGAAUUAGAGCAGCCAAGUGACAAUUCAAAUCAGAAUAAACUUUGGCCUACAUAUCCCCUUAACACUGCAGAAGUAUUCCAUUUUUUUUUGCUUAUAGAUUUAAGUCGUCUGUCUUCCCUUCCUCCCCCAUAGACACAACUUCAGUAGACACAAUUUAUGCUUAAAAGAGAUACCAAAGUUCUGUCCAUUCAUAAAUUACUGAUCUUGCAAAGGAGUCUGCACCAGUGUGCAUUUCACUGCAUGCAAACAGCUCCACUUACUUGAGUUCAGACCAUGACUUAGACUCAAAUUAUGUUUUUCACUGAGUUGUAACAAUAAGGUUCUCCUGGCUUUCCCACUCAGAGGAAACCUAUGUCAGAAGAGGUGUAAUUUAUAUUAACUUGCAGUCUUUAAAAGAGAGUAGUUGUAAUACUGGAAAAAAGUGGUUAAUAUUCUUACCAAUUCUGUGGCAACUACCUUACAUGAGAGCAGGCUGCAGAGCUUUAGAUCAACCUUUGUUUAUAGCUAAGUUAUAAAUACCUGCUAUGAAGUUAUAAUGUAAUCACUGCUGUAUUUUUUUUUAACUGAAAUGGAGAGCUGGAAUAUAUAUUCCUGGAGUUGGUUGUAUAUUUCCUUCAUGCACUGAAGCACAUUAAGUCUUGGCACAAGAAGUGGUAGUAAGUGUAUAACUGGAUUGAAUGUAUUUACUAAGUCAUCACCAGCUUGACGUGACAUCCAAGAUGGCAGCACAGCUUGGAUGAGAUGUUACAGUAUUAACUAGUUCUGGCAAAGUACCCUGACUGCUUUUACCAUGCAGCCAUAUGGUUUAGUACAUAAUGGCUGCAAAGAUGCAUUGCGUUUCCUAUUGCAUACAAGAAGAGGUAAAGUUACAGCUGUAAGAAGACCUUUUGGUAUGUAGCUGCACAGGACACUUGAUUAAAUUCAGUGUAAACCUUGAAGUAAGCGUUAGUUACAUUCUCACCUUUCCUCCUGCUUGGUUCUCCCAUGCAGGCAGUCACAGAGUUGAAAGUUCAGCAUUGCUUCCAGCUGAACUGCUGCAGUCACCCAAGCAGAGCACUAACAGCAUUUUUACUGAGGUCUGGUGCCUGCAAGCAAGAGAUUGAUGUUACUGCAUGUUAAAAAAGCUUUAUUUGUUUAUGUGGUGCUUUGUUUCUUUAAUGAUCCUCGUUUGGAAAGAGCCUUACAGUCUCCUGAAGUGUUUUUGUGGAUGUAAGUAGCACCUUCACUCCUUUAGUUUCACAAAGCAGUUUAUGGCACCUGGCACAUGGAGGAUCAGAUGCAGAAAUCCUUCUAACACUGUUUCACAAGUGUUGUGAGAAGUCUGCCUUCUAAAUUUGUCUCAUUACCUUUCCAUUAAGCAGGCAUGGGAAGCUACUUUCUGAAGAUGAUUUUUUCUCCCUCCUCCUACAAUUAACAUCAUAAGCUUUAAAGACAAAGCCUGCAUAACACGAACCCAUGGUCACUUCAACCCUACUUCAUGGAUGUGGGCACUGUAUUAGCAGUUCCCCAAUGGUUUCAGCCAAUAUUCACAGAACUAAAUGAAGUUUUUGUUUGUGCAGCUUAGGACCUCUUACAGAAUAGGAGUUGAGCAUUUCUCAAAACCCAAACCAAAAUGAAAGUGUGUAACGGCGCAUAAAGAUCACUAAUCAUAUCAAUUUGUAUACAUGCAUUUGUAUCAAUGGGUACAUUUCUAAUCUCUGAUUAAACUUUAUGAGAAAGUUCCUCAAAUAGAGAUGUUGGAUUAACCUGACGAGCCUGUUAAGCUGCUCAGAUCUGUAAGCUGGUGUGAUUAGGUCUCUUAUUUAUGAUGUUCAAAAACCCCAAGUGCAGCAUACUUGAUGUAAAUGCGUUCAGUAGCUUACAUGUGACUGUUUGUUUGCUUCUUUCCCUGUGCAGGGCAAAGAUCUUGUCAGAUCUAAUUAGCAAGUGCGAUUCAAACAUGCUAUCAAAAUGAAGAACAAAUAAAGUGAUGUAUCUGCUGUUUUUCUCAA